UUGUCUGUUCAACAUUUUUCGGGUCGUUUCGGUCGUUUCGGCAAGAAACAGAAGAAGAAGAAAGAAGAAGAAGAAGAAGAAUUCCUGGGUGUUGUUCAAAAAGAAGCGCAUUGCAAAUUGCAUUCCCAAAAAACAACUACCAAUCUUGGUCAGUUUCGAAAUGAAUUGGCUGAUGCCCUUCGGAAUAUGGGAUCAACCAAAGGUAGCAAAAUAGGAAGGCGAAGUAAUGCCUUUCUUGACGAGGAAUUACAGGCAAAGAAACAAAAAGGUCCUAGUCAUCCAUUUCAAGUAUUGAUGUAA